AUGAAGUUCUCCGCUGCCGCCCUUGUCCUCGCCGCCACCGGCGCCCUGGCUCACAAGAACGUCACCUACGUCACUGAGGUCGUCUCUUCCUACACCACCUACUGCCCUGCCGCCACUGUCAUCACCCACGGUGACAAGACCUACACCGUUACCUCGGCCACCACCCUGACCAUCACUGACUGCCCCUGCACUGUCACCAAGCCCGUCAUCACCUCCGCCGUGGUCCAGUGCGACAACUGCGCCGCUCCCACCAAGAACGGCACCGUCCCCAUCGCCACUCCCGUCAUCAGCAAGCCCACCAUCCCCGCCACCGGUGCCAUCACCCCCACCAAGCCCGUUUCGGUCCCUACCGCCGGUGCUGGCAAGGCCGCUGCCCUCUCCGGCGCCGGUCUGGCCGGUGUCCUCGGUAUCGCCGCUUUCGUUCUCUAA